UUUUUUUUUUUUUUUUUAUACAUUCUUCUACUUGUCUUUUUAUUGAUCAAUAUGCAAAACGGAAACGGUUGUGGGUAAGUGAUCUUGAAUGAAUGGGAAAAAAAAAUGUAUUACUUUUUGACACGCGUUUCCUUCUAGUUGUGGUUCUUCUUGCGGUUGCGGUGCCAAUUGUUCUUGUCCUCCCAAACAAUAAACGGACAAUACAGAAAAAAAAAAAAAAAAGCUGGAUACAAAGUAGGUUUUAUAUCAUAUUUUCACCAGCAUAUACUAAUUCCUUCUGUUCUUCUUUCUAUAGUUCAAGAUGUUUGUUUUCUUUUAGAAAUACCCCUCUUACACCUAUCCUAGUCCUCUUUUUUUUUUUCUACCGUUAUUUUAUCAAAUAAACAAAAAAAAAAACUUGUGACAUACUGUCAAAAAAAAAAAAUGAAA